GAAUUACAGACAUGCAAUUCAGCCGCCGUUCGAUCGACCCGAGAACGAGCAAAGUCAACGAAUCCAGUUAGUACAUCGAACCGUUGCCUCCACGCAGCCACGCCGCCGCCUUCACUUCCCAAUCCCCACGGACCACCACGCCUAUCGAGACGAGAUUCAGCCGAUUUCCCACGCGACAGAACGCCGACGGGGAGGUCGAGGCGGCUGCGAUGGCUCUGGAGGUGCCGCCGGAGGAGUCCAACCGGUGCGUGCGCGGGUGCUGCCGCAGCGCCGCCAUCCCGCUCCACCUACCCGCCGCGUCCUUCUCCCUUCUCUCCCCCAUCGCGCGAGGGUCAGAGAGCACGGUGUACGAGGCGCGGCUUGGGGGCGAGCGCGCCGCGGCCAAGAAGCCCGUGCUGUCCACUUCCGACGACCUCGACAAGUUCCACUAUCAGCUCCAGCUUCUAUGUAAGCUGGACCAUCCAGGGUUGGCAAAACUGAUUGCAGCACAUGCACGUCCUCCAAAUUACUUGAUGUUCUUUGAAUUCUUUGAGCCUCCAAACCUAGCAGACAAGAUACAUGUCGAGGAGUGGAGCCCUUCUAUCCAGCAAGUGGUUAACAUUGCCAGCUAUCUAGCAAAGACUCUCCAAUACCUACAAAUCCUUGGGAUAGUACACAGGGAUAUAAAACCAGCAAAUAUUUUGCUAGAUAAAGAUCUCCUUCCACGACUAGCAGAUUUUGGCUUGGCUAUGUACCAGAAGGAUAUUAAAAGCAUUUCAGUUGAAAACUGGAAAUCAUCUGGCAAGCCUACUGGUGGUUUCUAUAAAAAGAAUAUGGUUGGAACACUAAUUUACAUGGCACCAGAAAUUUUGAGAAAGGAUUUACAUACAGAAAAAUCAGAUGUGUAUAGCUUUGCAAUAUCAUUAAAUGAGCUUCUUACUGGUGUGGUGCCUUACACAGACCUGCGAGCUGAAGCACAGGCACACACCGUUCUUGAAAUGACUUACACCGAACAGCAACUUACAUCAGCUGUUGUUUCUCAAGGAUUGCGCCCUGCUCUUGCCCUUCCAGAGUCGGGCUCUCCGCCGAGUUUCUUGUCACUUAUUCAGCGCUGCUGGGACCCUGAUCCCAAACAGAGACCAUCAUUUGAGGAUAUCAUUCAAGAGUUAAAUGCAAUACAGAAGCACUUAGUUGCAUAUUCUUGCCCUCCACCAUCUUGUUCUGUGAACAUGAGUCAAAAUGGCAACGCGGAAGUACACCAUUAUCAAGAAGCAUUAAACUGGUUCAACCAAGGGGAGCUGUUCACAAAGAAAGCAAAAAAAUUAGAACAUACUGUGAAUCCUUGGUCUGAUUAUUUUGAUCAGUCCUCUGUCUCUAUGUAUCGUCCAACUUUAAGUUGGGGAUCUUUUGCAACAUGUGGGCGAAGAGAAACAAUGGAAGAUACUCAUUUUAUGCUUCCCUGCAUGUCUGAAGAAAAAGACGUGCAUUCGUUUGGCAUCUUCGAUGGACACAGAGGUGCGGCUGCUGCUGAGUUUUCUGUCCGAGCAGUUCCUGGAUUUCUGAAGCAAUUUGGCCACACCAGUCCAACUGAUGCCCUUGUAGAAGCAUUUAUGAAGAGCGACACAGCAUUUAGAGAAGAAUUAAUUAUUCACCAGAAGUCAAAAAGGAUUAUACAGAAAGACUGGCAUCCUGGUUGCACAGCAGUGACAGCACUGAUAGUGAGAAACAAGCUUUUUGUAGCAAAUGCUGGUGAUUGCCGCGCAAUUCUGAGCCGUGCUGGCAAACCAUUUCCCAUGACUAGGGAUCAUGUUGCUAGUUGCGCUAAGGAAAGAGAGCGUGUUAUAAAGGAAGGGACUGAAGUCAGAUGGCAAAUAGAUACAUGGCGAGUCGGUGCAGCUGCCCUUCAGAAACGCCUACUACAACUUAUCUAAAAGACUAAAGAUCAAGGUUUUAAAUUGCGUUUUCGCGGCUUUGUGAUGAGUUCCAACCUAUAGCUAUGGUAGUUAAUAUGGAAGCUAUUUUGAAUAGCGUUUUGAUAAAAAAAGUAAGAUACAGAUGCUUUUUUCCUUCUCAUUCUUGUUUUGGCUUCCUUUUUUUUUGGGUGGGUUUCAUAUAUAGCCUACCCCAACUUGCUUGGGAAAAAAGGCUUUGAUGUUGUUGUUGUUGUACAGAUGUCAAAAAAUCAAUAAUUACACAUUCAAAACCUUGUUAAAAUGUAUGUAAUUUUCACUUUGGAUGUACAAAUUAGCUUUUUACAAGACCUAGCAUAUAGCAUGAUUAAUGCUUUGAACUUACGCAUUUGAAGUCAUGGGAGUUCCAUACACCGUGUAGCCCAGUUUUGCAUAGAUAUAUUACCGGAUUAGUAGCUUCAUAUAUGUGACUGAAUUAAUUCAGCUGUAUGCGCCCACAAGUUUACUUCUAUAAAGUUCUAUGCCCUGACUCCAAUAUAAGUUGGGAUUAAGCAUUUCUGGAAUUCUGGUUGUUAAUUAAGUUGAAGGAAACAUUCAAGGGCAAAUGUACUGUGACCCCACCUAUCUUGUUUAUACUUAAUACUAUAUAAUAGCCUCUUACACUGUUCUAGUAAUUCAGAGUCAGAUGAUUAUGCACAUAAUUCUACAGUAAAAAAGCAUAUACUACAUCUUCUCUACACAUAUAAUGCAACUCCCAGCAAUUUGUCCAUGGCUGCAGCAGAACUAGUAAGAUUUGACUAUGUUAUGCUUGCAAAUGAUUCACCUUGUAUCUUUAAAACCAACAUGGAGGGUCUAUUAGAAGACUUCUGAGAUGCAAGCCUAACUUGAUGAAGAUUAUUCUAUUCCUCUUUGCACUAAGAUUAGCCAACUUGAUAAACUAAG